CGAAAAUUGCAAUCGAAGCUAAUUACCGCUUCCUUCUCUCCCCUUCAUUUCCACCGUCGUCAGAUCUGCCUUUCGAUCGCCUCUCACUCGCAAACCCUCCGUCCCUCCCCAGUCCGGCGGUGGGUGCCUUCGGAUCCAGGAAGCGCAGGACCAUGCGGAGUUCAAUCGCCACCUACAGGGAGAGCCUCUCACGUCUGGCCAACGAGGUAUUGGAUGCCGCCGAUGAUCUCGAGACCCCUCGUCCCCGGGGCGGGGAAGCCGCGGAUUAUCCUUCCUCUGGACGUCGGUUUUCUCGGAGGUUGUCCGGGGUUUCUCCACCUGCCAGGUCUCCCGUCGCUAACGGUGUUGAUUCCGGACACCACGAUGAGAUAGCCAAAUACAAAGCUGAUAUCCUGAAGCUGCAAUCGUCUGAGGCUGAGAUUAGAGCACUUUCAGUGAAUUAUGCAACUAUGCUGAAGGAGAAAGAGGAUCAACUUUCUAAACUUCGUGAUGAAAAUGGUUCUCUAAAGAAAAGCUUGGAAGCUUCCAUAAUACAUCCUUCAAGUGAUGAGAGCUAUACAACAUUAUCAAAUGCUUCUAAUCUUCUCAAGAGAAAUACUGAACAAUCAAGCGGCAGAUUGCAAAAGUAUCUUCCCCAAGAGAAUUCACAUUCUGUGGGGAAUCAUACACAAAAGCUUACUGUCACCAAGCAGGAUGGAUUCCGCAAUGGAGAUAUACAAACUUAUGAUCUUAAUGUCCUACCACAAAAUGUGGAUCUAAGGCAUGCAGAUUCACAUCGAAAUGGAAAGGAAUAUCUAGAUUUACUUCAAGAAAAUGAAUCUCUGUCAGCAUCAAAGUCCAGUCUUGAGUCUGAUAUUGAACAGCUUAGGACAAAACUCAAAAGUGAGCAAGAAAAUCAAGCAAUUUUAAGACACGAACUGCAAAAGGAAUGUCAGCUGAAGCUGGAUUAUUUGAGAGAACUCAAUGAUCAUAAGAAGGAUAAGGAGAUGAAUUCUGUCGAGUUGAAGGAGUUGCGUAUGAAGGUGGAUGAAAAAAUAUCAGAAUUAAGACAAUUGGAGGAUGCACUUAAAAAGCAAGACAUGAUUCAGGAAUCUAAUGCUUCUAUUGAAAGUAUGAAAUAUACAAUUAACAAAUUAGAGGAGGAGAAUGCUAAACUCAAGAUGGAGAAGGAUGAACUUGAGAAGAAUUUGAAACUUCAUAUGAAAGCUUCGAGUGAGAAUAGUGAUUCUACAGAGGAUGUUGAGAAGAUGAGUCUUUCAUUAAGGAAGUUGGAGGAACAACUCAAAGAUGCCAACAAAGAACGAGACAAAGCAUUACAGGAGUCAGCCCGACUAAAGCAACACUUGCUUGAGAAGGAACUUGAAGAUUCUGACAAGAUGGAUGAGGACAGUAAAAUGAUUGAAGACCUUCAAGCAAAUUGUGAACAACUAAAAGCUCGUGUACUGCAAUUGGAGAAGACUCUGAAGCAGGAAAUAGCGAAGAAGGAAGAGUUCAGGAAACUGAAAAAUGAUGAACUUCAUAAGUUAAAUGAAGUAAUUGAUGACCUAAAGCAAAAACUUGCAAACUGUUUGAGCAUAAUCGACUCUAAAAAUGUUGAGUUGCUAAAUCUUCAGACUGCCCUUGGUCAGUACUAUGCCGAAAGUGAAGCAAAGGAACGUUUAGGAAGAGAUCUGUUCAUUGCUAGAGAAGAAGCUGCUAAGCUUUCUGAAUUGUUGAAGGUUGCAAAUCAGGAGCUACUGAUAUCGAAAAGAGAAAAAGAAGAGAUAGGCACUAAACUCACACAAACAGAGACAAUGUUAUUAGAAGGAAAACGUUUCAUACAGAAGCUUGAGGAGGACAAUGUAAAGUUACGGCAUGCUCUUGAGAAAAGCAUGAUGACACUAAACAGGAUGUCGUUGGAUUCAGAUAACUAUGUUGACAGGCGAAUAGUUAUCAAAUUACUAGUGACAUACUUCCAGAGGAACCACAGCAAAGAGGUUCUUGACCUUAUGGCACGUAUGUUGGGUUUCUCUGACGAAGAUAAACAGAGGAUAGGCAUAGCUCAACAUGCUGCUGGAAAAGGUGUGGUCAGGGGUGUAUUAGGUCUACCUGGUCGACUAGUUGGAGGCAUUAUGAGAGGAAGCUCACCUGAAACCUCAUCACAGGUUGCUUCAGAUAAUCAGUCGUUCACUGAUUUAUGGGUCGAUUUUCUUCUCAAAGAAACUGAAGAAAGAGAGAAAAGGGAAUCGUCUGAUCUGUCCAGAUUGUCAAAUCCUCAAGACAUGAGCACAUCAAGCUCAGGAAUACUAUCAUCUGUUCCAGAAUAUGCAACAAAAUUCCAGAGUGCGACCAGUGUUUCUGGUUCGCCCAGUGGACAAUUCCUAGCGAGCCGGACCUCUUCUACACUUCCUUCAGAAAUAACCCAGAAAAUUAACCAUUUGGAUGCUGAAUUCGCUACAGUUCCUCUUACAUCCUCGGUGCAUCCUUCCCAAAGUAGUGUUAGUCACUCAAGACUGCUGCCAAGAUAUUGACGUUAAUGCUUGCUUAGAGGAGGUAUGAGAAUCCAUGUGAAUGCAAUUAUUCGUAGUUUGUUCAUUAAGUUAUUGUUUCGUUGAUGCAAGGAAAAUAUUCUUUUAGUCGCGUUGUCAAAUAUCCAAGUGAGGGAAAACGAGAGGGAAAAAAAAAACAGAAUCCAAGACUGCUACCUAUUUGUACAAACAUUUCAGAAUUAAAGAGAAAAUCUGUCUAUAUUGUUUGUCUUCCUGUAAAA